AUGGGUUCUGUCGACUGGGGUACUGCUGGUGUUUCUCUGCUGGAUAGGCAACUGUCUGGGUGUUACACCUUUUCUUUACUGCUAGAGGCUGCUGUAGGAGCUAGGUAG